CACUCUUCUCUUGUACCAUUUUUAUAUUUCUCUACAUCAAAUUUAACAGUUAUCAAGGACAUUAGCUGUGGUUGCAUGCCUGAUAGGUGACAGCUCGUUCUCAAAAUGGUUGACGUGUACACUUUUGACUCCAAUGAGUGGAAAGACAGACUCUGGUUUUCUUGGUAUUUUGCUAAAUGACUUGAAAAAGAACUAGCAAGUAUACCUCCGUUCCUUACAUCAUGGAGCUCGGUAGCAUCUUGGUACCAGGAGAAAUCAAGGCAUCUAUGAUCACGCCCAAGAGAACUAGAAAAAGUCGCAGGUGGAUUAAUCGGAUAUGCAAGGAAGUCUCCAGGCAAUGAAACUGAGAGAGCGCUCAGACGUCGACAAAAUUUUCGCUUCAUGGUCAUCACCUUCAUCCCAGCCUAUCUGUGAGCGGGACGUUGAUGAUGACCAAAAAUUAAAUGACGGAAAUACACAAGACCUCUUAUAUCUUCUGGAUCGAACGAGAGCGCCAGUGAUCCUCGUAGUCAUCGACUACGCUGGCCUCUCGACAAAUACGGAGGAUCUACUACAGUUUAUCAGCAAGUACAAGAAACUUGAAAAAAUAGUGGUAGACAGAAUUCCCGUCACUUGCGAAGUGGAAAUACUAAGCAGACACCAGUUGCUUAAUGACAAAGCUAUUAUUAAUAAAUUCAAUUGUAGGAAUCGACCUGUGAAACGAUCCCUAUAAUUUAUUGCAAGUACCAUUAUUAUAUUCCACGUCUUCAUUUCAUCACCGUUUUAUUUCUAUCUCAGUUUAUCGUUAGCAGUAUGCAAUAUAUUACAAAACAUGAAAUUUAUUAUUUGACAUUUAAGAUUGGAUUAGAGUAGUUUUUUCUCUUUUUUUCUCUCUCGCUCAACUCUAAUUGAAAUAAAAGCACUACCAGCAGUCUCAUC